UACUAGGUCGAAGCCUUGGUAGAAAAGCGUUAACUAGCUACUAUCAGACGCCGUGUAAUGUCUUGCUGGGGAAGCUGUGGACAGCAGUGGCGCAGGAGCUGAAAUCUAUGAGAAAUUUAAUAACCAUUUAAUAUUUAAUUGAUUUUAUUUUAACACCUAAAGUCGUUUGGACGGUCUGAAGAUGUCUGUCGCGGGCUUCAAGAAACAGUUUUAUAAAGCGAGCCAGAUGGUGAGUGAGAAGGUUGGUGGCGCCGAGGGAACCAAGCUGGACGAAGAGUUCAAAGACUUGGAACGGAAAGCAGAUGUGACCAGCAAAGCGGUGGUGGAGGUGAUCUCCAAAACCUCAGAGUACCUGCAGCCCAACCCAGCGUCCCGGGCCAAGUUGUCCAUGCUGAACACCAUGUCAAAGAUCCGUGGGCAGGUGAAAAGCCCCGGCUACCCCCAGGCAGAGGGCUUGCUGGGGGAGUGCAUGGUCAAGUAUGGACGCGACCUCGGAGAUGAAACCAAUUUUGGUGGUGCUCUUGUAGACGCUGGGGAGACUAUGAAGAGGCUCGCUGAGGUCAAGGACUCCCUUGAUAUCGAUGUCAAGCAGAACUUCAUUGAUCCCCUGCAAGGCUUGUACGACAAAGACAUUAGAGAAAUACAGCAUCAUCUGAAGAAGCUGGAGGGCCGUCGCCUGGACUACGACUACAAGAAGAAGCGGCAGGGCAAGAUCCCGGACGAGGAGGUGAAGCAGGCGCUGGAGAAGUUCCACGAGUCCAAGGAGGUGGCCGAGAUCAGCAUGUACAACCUGCUGGAGACCGAUAUCGAGCAGGUGAGCCAACUGUCCUCCCUGGUGGAGUCUCAGCUGCAGUAUCACCGGCAGGCCGUGCAGAUCCUGGACGAACUAUCAGAGAAACUCAAAGAAAGGUGUGUGUCUGUGAUAAACGAGGCACAGAAUCGCCCCCGCAGGGAAUACAUCCCCAAGCCCAAGCCAGUCUUUGACUUCCCGGAACCGGACCAAUCAAAUGGCGGCUUCACACCGUCUGUAGCUCCUCCUCCUUCCCGCAACUCAGACCCCUACCUCCAGUUUGGCCGAGCGUCAACACGGAAACCCAGGCCGCUCUCGGAGCAGGCGUGCUGUAAGGCACUGUACGACUUUGAGCCAGAGAACGAGGGCGAGCUGGGUUUCCACGAGGGCGACAUCAUCAACCUGACCAAUCAGAUCGAUGAGAACUGGUACGAGGGCGUCCUGCGCGGCCAGUCCGGCUUCUUCCCCCUCAACUACGUGGAGGUGGUGGUCCCUCUGACCCACUGAGGCCCUUCUGAAGACAUGGGGAAGAAGGGGGUGAGAGGGAGGGAGAGAGAUGGAGGGGUGGAUGGAGGUCGAGAGAGAUGGGGGGGGGAAGGGAGGAAAGAAGGGGAAAUGAGGAGCCCGUUUGAAGCAGUCUUCAGUCUUCACUCACACUCACCACCAUGGCCGUCAAACGAAGACUGUAACCUGUACUCUGGCACUUUGUCACCGAGACUCUCUCGAGAGGGGGAAACUUCCGGAAGAGGGUGGCUUCUCACAUUCCAUCAAAGACAAGAAAAGAAAAAAAAAGUAAACAAAAGAAGAAGAAAAAAAAAACUUAACACAUCUGAGAAAACAAGGACAGUGACUGAUGGACUGACUUCAAGUGAAAAUGGACCUAAACCUGACAUCACACCCAUACGUGCAUACAUAACAGACACACCUCCACAAACACACUCAUACACAUUUUAACCUAACUUUAGCAUUUUUUUCAUUGUCUUUUUCUGUACUAUUGAGGUAUCCCAAAAUGAGAAACCAGCCAAGUCCGGGUAGAUUUAAAUAAGUCUAUGGUAGGGGGACAUGCUGUGAGAUAGCCUAGUCAGUUAGCCUUACGAAUAUCCGCAGCCAGCCAGGCCUCAGUACAGCAGGCUGUGAAGUCUCUCCCCCAUAAGGAACCCUGGAGUAAACUCAAUGUCCCUGUAACUAUUUUAACAUUCGGUUGUGGUCAGGACUUGUCGGGUUUAUGAGGCAGGAAUGUGGCUCUUGGUUGGGAAGGCCCGUCUGCGUUGGGCUGGUGUGGUGUGUCUCGGGGAGCUGUCGCAUAGCCUCCUCUGGGACGUGCUGGCACUCGGACAACGCUGGUGCCGAAAUGGGGGCACUCUCCUCCUCUAGACAUAGAAACAGGUCUGCCUGCAGUCCGCAGUGCCCACUGGAGCUGACCUGCACAUGCUCCUCCUGCUCCCCCUGCUGGCCAGACUGAGCCACUGAUCCUCGUCCACUACAGGUAACUGAAAAAAUGUCCAGUGCGAGUUAGUCGGUUAGCGUGCUAAUAUGAACGAUCGCUUAUCUGUCAGAACUGGAGUGCUAAUCAUGUCUGAGCCAUGGGGAGAACACCCAGGUUAGGUCCUGCCUGUAGAUACCCUUUUGCUUGAAAAUGGGUCCUAAAAUAGCAUUUCACUUUUUUGGCUUUGCACCAGCUGUUCAGUUUUGCACCUUGGAUAUCAUGUGAACUUGGUUGUAGAAGGCACUUCCAACGUGUGAGAGAGUAAACUUUUGAUGGCUCAGUGACUAGAGAAGAUUGUGCUCUACAAUGUUAUCACACUACAGUCGACAGAAACUAGAACACUAAGAUUACACAUUAGUGGGGGAGAAGGGGUCAGGCACUUUUAUUUAGUUUGUUUUUGGAAAUCUUGAAACAUCCUGUCUCCCCCAUAAUGUUUGACACUUGUGUCCAUUAAUUGGUCUAUUUUUGUACCCACCUCGUUGAGGAAACACAGCCAAAAAAAAAAGAGAAAGAAAGAUGAAAUGAAUCUGUAAUAAUGAAAUCACAUGACCUGUUUGCCUUUUGACCGUUAGCUGCCUGUGUGUCGAGUGCCUCUCGUUAUUCAGUCGGUUGGUCCGUCUGGACUGUUGCGCUUAAUUUAUCUGUUGCUCUGAAGUGCUCCUGCACCUGAUGCUGCUGGCAGUGUCUCCGCGUCUCUUCCUCCUCCCCAGCAGCCGGGGGGGAGGCCAGGAUCUGCGUGUCUCUGUGUCUCACUCACAUACACACUCACACACCCCUCCCUCAUAUUUCAAACACUUAUUGAAUACGUUGACACUUAACUUGUCAUUUUUCUAACCCAUAGUAAUCUGUCAAAGCGUUUGCCAACGAGUUGACCCGGAUUGUGUCAUGCGAAAGAAAGAUGUUUUGUGGUCUUGUGCAGUAAUAGAGAAGCGAGACUUGUAUGCCUUGUUUGCUUUGUCUGUCUGUGCUUUUUUUGCUUGUUUGAGAGUCUUAAGUAGAGAGCCAUUUAGCUAGUCACCCCCGUCUAAAGCUAUACUAGCUAGUCACCCCUGUCUAAAGUUAAUACUCGGGGGAGCUCACUGUAAGAGGCCCUAUGGUUGCUACUGGAGAAAAAUGUGUGGCCUUGAUGCGAGGCGUAUGAACCACAUAUAAACACCUUCCGGCUCCUCCAGCGUAUCAUGACUUUAAACCCACAUGAUAUUGCAUCCAGCCGACACCCCAUACACACACACAUAUACACACACACACACACACACACACACACACACACACAGCUCCUCUCUGCACCGUCCACUUCACUCGUUCCCCUCACACUCUGUGCAGUUUAUUUUUUUUGUCUGAUGUUGUUUUCCUGUCCUCGUGUGUGAUUGCAUCUUUUCAGUGGUUUGUAUAUCUUGUGUACUGGUGCAGACUGGAUCUGAACAGUCAAACAGUGUUUUUGAAAAGCAUUGGAGGGACGGAGAUAAAGAAUCGAGAGAAACCUUGAAAAAGAGGAAGUGUUUGUUGCGAAGGGUGCAGUAGUGCCUUUUUAAUUUAAGGAGGGAAACGUCUAAUACACCAAACAAAGUUAAUAAUGCUCCUCGCAUUGAAAAUGACUUUUUUGUUUUUGUGUUUGUUCAUUUGUGUCAUUUCAUUUACAAAGGGCUCCGUUCGUUUUGAGUUGAGGCUUUUGCUGUGUACAGAUUGUAGUGCAUGUGUACACUUGUCUCCUUCAACACUACAGUUUUUUAAAAGGGUUAUUUCUGUCUAAUCCCAUCAGAGUACCAGACAUGUCAUGAACUUCAAAAGAAAAAAAAAUCUGGUACUCCUUAGUAUUAUUAUUUUAUACAAAUACAUAAAUAUAUAAAUAUAUACAUCUCUGUAAAAUGUCCUGUUUUUAAAUUAAUCGUUUGCAUGUGGGUCUAUACCUAAGCUUGUUAUGUUAUAGUUUUAAGUGUCUUUGUAUGUCCUGAUGAAUUUAACUGUAGUAGCCUAAAUAUUCUCCGGUAUUUGUACUUGUCAUGGCCUUUUCUCCAUCUUUACAUAAAUAAAUGUAUAAAAAAAAAUAUCAACCAGUGUGGACUGAA